UCCCCCCUCCCCCCACCCUCCGCUCCUCCGCACCCCCCGAUUCUCUGUGGGUUGCUCCCGUCUCCGACGAGAGAGGCGGCGACGGUGGCGUCUGCGACGGGAGACAGCGCGUCGGAGCGAGAGAGCGCCGCGCCGGCCGCCGCCCCGACCGCGGAGGCGCCGCCGCCCUCGGUCGCCAGCAGGCCGGAGCCGCAGGCCCUCCCGAGCGCGGCCCUGCGCGCCCCGCUCCCAGACCUCUACCCGUUCGGGACCAUGCGCGGCGGCGGCGGCUUCGGGGACCGGGACCGGGACCGGGACCGCGGCGGGUUUGGAGCAAGAGGUGGUGGAGGCCUUCCUUUGAAGAAAUUUGGUAAUCCUGGGGAGCGGUUACGUAAAAAGAAGUGGGAUUUGAGUGAGCUCCCCAAGUUUGAGAAGAACUUUUAUGUGGAACAUCCAGAAGUGGCCAGGCUGACACCGUAUGAAGUUGAUGAACUGCGCCGGAAAAAAGAGAUAACAGUGCGCGGGGGAGAUGUCUGUCCCAAGCCUGUGUUUGCCUUCCAUCACGCCAACUUCCCGCAAUAUGUCAUGGAUGUGCUGAUGGAUCAGCACUUUACAGAACCAACUCCCAUUCAGUGCCAGGGAUUCCCCUUGGCUCUGAGUGGCCGGGAUAUGGUGGGCAUUGCGCAGACUGGCUCUGGGAAAACAUUGGCGUAUUUGCUUCCUGCAAUUGUUCAUAUUAACCACCAGCCGUACUUGGAAAGAGGAGAUGGCCCCAUUUGCCUCGUCUUGGCUCCAACCAGAGAGCUGGCCCAGCAGGUCCAGCAGGUGGCUGAUGACUAUGGCAAAUGUUCUCGAUUGAAGAGCACGUGCAUCUACGGAGGCGCUCCGAAGGGCCCCCAGAUUCGAGACUUGGAAAGAGGCGUGGAAAUUUGUAUAGCGACUCCUGGACGCCUGAUUGAUUUCCUGGAAUCCGGAAAGACAAAUCUUCGUCGGUGUACUUACCUUGUACUCGAUGAGGCUGACAGGAUGCUUGAUAUGGGUUUUGAACCGCAGAUCCGUAAAAUUGUUGACCAAAUCAGGCCUGAUAGGCAGACAUUGAUGUGGAGUGCUACCUGGCCAAAAGAAGUAAGGCAGCUUGCAGAGGAUUUCCUUCGUGAUUAUACCCAGAUCAACGUGGGCAAUCUGGAGUUGAGUGCCAACCACAACAUCCUCCAGAUUGUGGAUGUCUGCAUGGAAAGUGAAAAAGACCACAAGUUGAUUCAGCUCAUGGAGGAAAUAAUGGCUGAGAAGGAAAACAAGACCAUAAUAUUCGUAGAGACAAAAAGACGCUGUGAUGACCUCACGCGCAGGAUGCGCAGAGAUGGCUGGCCUGCUAUGUGUAUCCAUGGAGAUAAGAGUCAACCAGAAAGAGAUUGGGUGCUUAAUGAGUUCCGCUCUGGAAAGGCCCCCAUCCUCAUUGCCACAGAUGUAGCCUCCCGUGGGCUAGAUGUGGAAGAUGUCAAGUUUGUCAUCAACUAUGACUAUCCAAACAGCUCCGAGGACUAUGUCCAUCGGAUCGGCCGAACGGCCCGGAGCACCAACAAGGGCACCGCCUACACCUUCUUCACCCCAGGGAAUCUCAAACAGGCCCGAGAGCUCAUCAAAGUGCUGGAAGAGGCCAACCAGGCCAUCAACCCUAAGCUGAUGCAGCUGGUGGACCACAGAGGCGGCGGCGGCGGAGGGGGAGGUCGUUCUCGCUACCGGACCACUUCCUCGGCCAAUAAUCCCAAUCUGAUGUACCAGGACGAGUGUGACCGGAGACUUCGAGGCGUGAAAGAUGGUGGCCGGAGGGACUCUACUAGCUAUCGGGAUCGUGGGGAGACCGAUCGAGCCGGUUAUGCUAACGGCAGUGGCUAUGGAAGCCCCAAUUCCGCCUUCGGAGCACAAGCAGGCCAAUACACCUAUGGGCAAGGCACCUAUGGGGCAGCCGCUUACGGUACCAGCGGCUACACGGCCCAGGAGUACGGUGCUAGCACCUACGGGGCCAGCAGCACCACCUCAACUGGGAGAAGCUCGCAGAGCUCUAGCCAGCAGUUCAGUGGGCUGGGCCGCUCCGGGCAGCAGCCGCAGCCACUCAUGUCCCAGCAGUUCGCGCAGCCUCCGGGAGCUACCAGCAUGCUAGGCUACAUGGGGCAGACGGCCUACCAGUACCCGCCGCCCCCGCCACCCCCGCCGCCCUCCCGCAAGUGAGGCACGUGAGGCGCAGACUUCAGGAGAGGAUUCUCCCCUCCUCCUCCCUCUCCUUCCUUUUCUUUGGCCUUCCCCCUAACCGUUGUGAUUUGUCUUUCAUGCAGAUUAGUUAGAUUUCACUGCCAGAUUUCUUCUGCCCGCCAAAAUGAUCCAGUCUGUCAUUAACAGAUUUUGUAAAAAAAAUUAUAUAUAUAUACAUAUAGCUGACUGGAAGGGUUUCCCUCCCCAGCUUCUUGCAUGUUGAGGAUAUUUGAGCUAUUUUUCAUCUAAAAAGGAAAAGUAAGGUAUUAGGCCCUUUUGUGGGAGCCGGUUUUUUUUUUUGUUGCUGUUUUGAGUUGGGGGGCAGGGGGGAAGCUGGGCGGGGUGGGGGGAGACGGCAGCUGUGCUUUCCGGUGAGCUCCUUGCUGGCUCCGGGAGCCAGGAGGGACUUGCGUGUUGUGGUUCCACUUUGCUUUCUGGUGUUUCUCUGGCUGAAACGGGGUCCCUCAGGCCUGACAUUUUUAAGACAGUGCAUUGCAUUGUCGUUAAGGCUGAUAGCUUGUUCAGUGCAUUUCAGGGGUUUUGUUUUGUUUUGUUUUGUUUCUGUCUUUAAGUUCUUGAUUGAUUUUUUUUAUCCCCCCCCCCCUUACAACCCACGGUUGCUGAAAAAUAACUUCUAGUGGCGAGUUAGAAAUUGAAUUGCUGAGUCUGCAUUUUCAACUAUCUUUCAGAACUUCCCAGUGUUGAGCACAAUGGUUAAAUGUAGCCUCAGCAUCUGGCUGGACACCGUCUCUUCCAUCCCCAUAGGAGCAGGGCUCGUCUGCAGCGUCCCUUUCCACCCAGAUGGCUGCAGUGAGCAGAAGGAAUGUGAAUGCUCGUGGGACAUUACUGUAUUAGCCCGUUCGUAUGCAUUCACCUCCAAUGUAUAAAUACCCUGAGUUAGAAACAGAAUAGAAGAAUGGGCAGAUUUUCUUUCUGAAGCUCAGUCUAGCGCUAGAAUAAAAGUAACUCCUUGCCAGCUGCUCAGCUCCGUUGGCUAAGUUAUCUAAAACCAAGUCUUAAGGGUUUCUUAAAGAACGCUCCUGUAUUCAUGCUCUGUUCUCUGCAGUGCUUUGUAACAGCUUUUGGGUGCAAGUUUUCCUCCGCAUCCUUUUGCACUCAGCUCUUUCCAGGUAGGUAGUGCAUAAGGGAAAUUAUGCGGGACUGAAGCCCACGUCCCCGGUUUUACUUUCCCUCCAUCUGAAGGUAGGUGAGUUUGUCCCGUUCUAGUGAUCCUGUUUGCUCAGACUUGUGUGGCAGGCGGCCCGGGAAGGACUUCUGCUCCUGUGCUCGCUCACCAGAGCAGUCCAGGGAGCCCCGCCUGCUCCGGGCCCUCUCCCAGGCCCGUGUGGACUCAUGUUACCGCUGUCCAUCCACUGUGGUCCCACGGCCGGGCUGAGAGCGCCUGCUGGGCGUCAGCUCUGGAUGGCCGACCAUGCGUUCUUGUUUUUCCUUUGGAGCCUUGUUGGGGAGAGAAAAGGCUUGUCUGGGGGCUCUGAGGGUGUGGCUGGCUGUGCAGCGGACAGGUAGGUCGUCAGCGGCUGUUCCCCAUGCAUGUCAGCUUGAAUAUCUGCCCCCUACCCCCACUUUCUUACCUCUUCUCUUUCCUUCUCCUUUUUCCCCCAGAAGUUGAGGCUGAGGGAGGACGGCGGGCCCAGGCGAGCAUGCCACGCUCCUCUCUUGUCCUCAGGCCGGAGUGUCCAAAGCAUCCCCCUCCCCCCCCUUUUUUUUUUCCCUCUGAGCAUUGACUAGUUCAUUGAAAAAUUUUCCCAUACCAAAACUUGGGUUGGUUGUUUUUUGGGAUUUGUUUCUCGUUCUUAGACCCCACAGAGGUGCCAUAUGAGCAGCACCUACUCUCGGGUGUUGGGCAAGCAGGUGGUAUUGGUCUGCUCCUGGCUUCCCUCCUUCUACCAUAUUUAAGUCAAAAACAAAAACAAAAAAAAUGGCCAACUCCAAGUCUCAAUGCUACUAUGGCCCAAGUCCAGCUGAAAUCUGGCGGCUUUUCCUGUAUAGCUCUAGAGUAACUUUCUACCUCCACGUGUCACUCAGAACCCAGGCUCUGCCCCGGCUGCAGAGCCUGACCACAAGAGUCCUCAUCUGAUGCUCAUCAGCGCAGCCCCGGCUGAACCUCCAUAGGGAAGAUCUCAGUAUUAUGCUCCGGGGCUGCCUCCCCCUCCCCCCCCAACAAUUGUGUAGACUUCUCAUCUGAAAGGUUGGUGGCUUUUGCUUGGGAUCGGAGCUCUCUAGUCGUGUCCUUGCUGGUCUCUGAACACAUUCCUGUCGCGUUAAGACUUGAAAGAUUGUGGCUGUGUGUUGUUCAGGCACAUGAUGCUAAGAGCUAUGUUACUCUUCUAGUCUGUAAAUUGUCCUUUUGAUACCAUCUUGUUUUCUUUUGUAGGUAUAAAUAAAACACUGUUGACAAUA